AGAGUGGGCCCCUGGUCUUAGGUUUUUGGGUGGGCCCCUGGCGUCCCAGUCCGACACUGGAAAGGAGGGCAAUCGUCUGGCACCGAGCUCACUAGUGAUAGCUGCAGCGCUCAGCAUACUUCCCGUCCCAUACAUGUAUAUGGGGAACGAGUGCUUGAAAGCAGGUUAUUUAUAUAAUCAGCUGGUGGGCGGGCCGUAUACGUCACUGACUGCCUCGUAGUCCCCCAUGUUAUGUGGUCGAAUAGCGGCCCCUGAAUGCAGCGAAGUUUUAACCAGAAACCCACAGCCCACAUAUAAAAUGAAACAUUCUGUUUCGUUUUUCCUUCAACCUAUUAAAGAAAUAAAGCUUCCAAUCCAUCCCUCCUCCUUAUUUCCACCCCUGCCAGCAGCUUUCUGGUUGGACGUUCCCGGGUACCAGGCUAGCCUAAUUGGUCCAACGCUUAGUCACGUGGGAGGGGGAGUCACGCGCUUUCCGGGAACCCGUCAGGAAGGAAAUAAACAAAACAAACCAGAAAGCAUGGAGUCUGUGCAGGGUUAUGGCCGUCAGCAGCAGGGUGGGUGAGAAACCCCCAGGGGCAAUAAGAAGCCAAAAGGACCGCGGCCGCCAGCAAGCACGGAAGUGAUAAUUCUCUGCUGCCAGGUGCUGCUUAAGAAAUUCCCAGUGCAUGAAGAGCGUAUAACUCCAUUUUCCAUCUAACUGGGGAACAGCAGCUCUCCGUUGCAUGUAUAGUACUUUUGUCAUUGAUAGCACAGAAAAGCCAGAGAAGAGGUCUGUGGGACAGCAGAAAAAGUAUUCAGGCUUAGGUUCCGAAGAUCUGGGCUUUGAGAUGCCUCAGCCCAGUGCCAGUGGAAUGGACCCUCCAUUUGGGAAUGCCUUUCGGAGUCCCACGUUGGCUGAGCAAACAUUAAUGAGUACAGACCUUCUUGCAAACAGCUCAGAUCCAAUUUUCAUGUAUGAACUGGAUCAAGGAAUAGGCUAUCAACAAAGCCCAACUGAAAACUUCCUAAUCCUAGAAGACAGCAAAGAUUUUGAAAACUUGGAUUCAUUUACAGAUAUCCUUGAAAGCAGUCCACCCGUGUCUUCAAACUGGGAGCAGUGGGAUACCUACUAUGAAGACCUGACCAAAUACACAAAGCUUACAAGCUGUGACAUUUGGGGAACUAAAGAGGUGGAUUAUCUAGGUCUUGAUGAUUUCUCCAGUCCGUAUCAGGAUGAGGAGGUGAUCAGCAAAACACCCACACUUGCUCAGCUUAAUAGUGAGGACUCCCAGUCAGUCACCGAUUCCCUUUACUACACAGAUGGCUUCCUUGGCAACAAGACUUCAUAUUUACAAGGGAAGAAAGUGGCAGCAGGGAGAGCAACUGCACCAGUGUGCUCAUCAAAGACUGCACAUACCGAGGUGCCACUGGCUGACUGCUCCCAAAAGGCUACCAAAUCUGUUGCAAGCAUCCAGAUGGCAGUAAAAACUAAUGUUUCAUGUGAAGAAAAAAUUAACCUCCAUGGGGGUUGUAAGGACUAUGUGAAAAAGGCCAAGGUCAAAAUUAGUACGGUACUUCCUUGUCGGCCAACAACUAUUUCGGUUGCCACUGAUGCAGCCAAGGAGAACACAUGUUUCUGUGGUGCCAUGGCUAAGAAGCAGGAGAGGAUAAUAGAGGAGACACCCAUAGGUCGUAAAAGCUUUGGCAUCCUGCCUUUCAAGGAAACGCAAAAGCUUUUUUGUCCAGCGCCUGCACUUAUCACAAUAGGUCCUGGAGAUGGGAAUGCUUCUGCUGAAGCAUCUGUCUCUGAUCCUUCACAAAAGAAAGAAGAGCACAACUAUUCACUUUUUGUAUCAGAGGGCGUCACAGAACCUACAGUUAAGAAUGAGAACCCUCAGCAGGAGGAAGAAGCAGAAGAAGAGGAAGCUGACAUGGAUGAGGAAGAUCAUGAUGAGGGGUUUGGUAGUGAGCAUGAGUUAUCUGAGAAUGAGGAAGAAGAGGAGGAGGAGGAGGAAGAGGAAGAAGACUAUGAAGAUGAUAAAGAUGAUAUCAGUGAUACUUUUUCAGAACCAGGAUAUGAAAAUGAUUCAGUUGAAGAUCUAAAGGGAAUCACAGCCAUCUCAUCACGAAAGAGAGGAAAGCGGAGAUACUUUUGGGAAUAUAGCGAGCAACUGAUUCCAUCUCAACAGGAAGGAACAUUGAGACCCUCAGAAUGGAACAGAGAUACACUUCCAAGCAACAUGUAUCAGAAGAAUGGAUUGCACCAUGGCAAGCACACAGUGAAGAAGUCUCGCAGGACAGAUGUGGAAGACCUAACUCCAAACCCAAAAAAGCUUCUGCAGAUUGGAGGAGAGUUGCGCAAAUUGAACAAGGUGAUCGGUGACCUGACACCUGUAUCUGAACUUCCUCUUACUGCAAGACCACGGUCCCGUAAAGAGAAGAAUAAGCUUGCUUCCAGAGCGUGCCGGUUAAAGAAGAAAGCUCAGUAUGAAGCAAACAAAGUGAAAUUGUGGGGCCUAAAUACUGAAUAUGACAACUUGUUGUUUGUGAUCAAUUCAAUUAAACAAGAAAUCAUGAACCGGAUCCAGAUUCCAUGUGAAGGAUGGUCUGCUGACAUGGAGCAGAAACUGGAUGCCAUGAUUAAAGACACUCUAGGUUCACCAGUAGCUGGCCAGACCUCUGAGUUUGUAAACCAGGUUUUGGAGAAGACUUCAGAGGGUGAUGCAACUGGUGGCCUUGUGGGAUUACGUAUACCAACUUCAAAGGUGUGAUAGCCUCUCUGUACAGCCAGAACUGAUGUGUCGCUCUCUGGCUGUGAAGAGUUCUUUACUCUCCAGUGUAAAUUUUAAUACAGCUCUUGCAUGUGAUUCUGCUUGUACCUUGUUAUUAUUAUUUUGUGCAAGCAGAUUCUUAUAACACGUUCAAAAGUAAAAAUGUAUGUGGAUGAGGACCCAAUGCAUGAGACAUUGCUUCAUCACAGAAAUAGUUGUUGUUCGUUGUUCUACUUUUUUUUUUUUGAAUGUACUGCUGGCAGUUAUUCUGCCUUUGCAAUAGGGGUGUGUGUAUGUA